AACUGCAGGCGCUCGGCACUGCUGUCCUGCGAACCUUCGCGAGUGAAGCACCCGCCGGCCCGGAAGGCGCUAACGCGAACUACGGCCGCGGCAGCCAUCGUUCUUUGCAGUUCGGUGUCGGAGUGAAUAGGGCCGACUCCAAACAAGGAAUUGCGUUUUCUCCAACCGCAGGGUCACACAGCUCUGCUGGGACUUAAGUACUGGCCGUCGGCUCUCCUGGACUACCAAGUCACCGCGAGCUGCUCAUGCUCUCAACAGCCGCCUCCGUGUCACCGAAGCCAGCAGUGACAUCUCUGCAUAUAAUACCUUAUAAGAUUUGGCUAUGUCCUUCAUAUUUGACUGGAUUUACAGUGGUUUCAGCAGUGUGCUACAGUUCUUAGGAUUAUAUAAGAAAACUGGUAAAUUGGUAUUUCUUGGAUUGGAUAAUGCGGGAAAAACAACAUUGCUACACAUGUUAAAAGAUGACAGACUUGGACAACAUGUGCCCACGUUACAUCCCACUUCAGAAGAACUAACCAUUGCUGGCAUGACCUUUACAACUUUUGAUCUGGGUGGACAUGUUCAAGCUCGAAGAGUGUGGAAAAACUACCUUCCUGCUAUCAAUGGCAUUGUAUUUCUGGUGGAUUGUGCAGACCAUGAAAGGCUGUUAGAAUCAAAAGAAGAACUUGAUUCACUAAUGACAGAUGAAACUGUUGCUAAUGUGCCUAUACUGAUUCUUGGGAAUAAGAUUGACAGGCCUGAAGCCAUCAGUGAAGAGAGGUUGCGAGAGAUGUUUGGUUUAUAUGGUCAGACAACAGGAAAGGGCAAUGUAUCUCUGAAAGAACUGAAUGCCCGGCCUUUAGAAGUUUUCAUGUGCAGCGUGCUCAAGAGACAAGGCUACGGAGAAGGCUUCCGUUGGAUGGCACAAUACAUUGAUUAACACCAGCCCACAUCAGUUCCAGGUCUCACCAUUCAGGCCUACUCAGAGAUUUGAUCACUCAACAUGCAUAACUUGAAUUCAAUAGACUUUUAUUGUUGGUUAGAAAACAGAUGUUUUUUAGAUUAUUAAUAUUUUAUCAACUUAAUUUGAGUGAGAAUUGAAAACUGAUUCAAAUAAGUUUGAAUAUCACAAUGUUAGCUUUCUAAUUCCAUAAAAAUACUUAGUUUUUACAGUUUAUAAUGCGACAUUACCCCCAGCACCAUUUUUGAACAGCAACUUUCCAGAUGACAUUUGAAGCACUUUUUAACAACAUGAAACUACAAAUAGCAACCAUAUUUAAAAGCUCAUCAUGUUAAAUUUUUUAUGUAAUUUUUUGGAACUAGUUUUUAAAUUUUAGACUAUAUGUCCACCUAUCUUUAGUAAGCAGUUAAUAAUAAGCUUAUAAAUGACUGCAUGAUGCCUUACAGUUUCAAUUAUUUUUUUGUUAUGCAAACGUCAUGCAAUAAAACAAACCCUAAUAUUUGG